GUUUUUUCUGAAUUUGCAAGCUCGCACCUUUGUAGCGCUUGGUUUGGUUAUGUUUGUUGUUCAUGGUAGUCACGUACAACUGUAGUUCUGAAUUUCGCAUCGAUAGUCGGAUUAAAAAGACUCACACAUAGCUAGCGAUUAUCCAAAACCCAAAGCUUCUUUGGACUUUGACAACCUAUUAGAGUUUCCAGAGAUGCCGAUUGAUGUCUGUUUAUCUCUACCCCUUAUCGACAGGGUGAAAGAACUUACUAAUAUUUUUGCUCGUGGAAAUUUACAGGUUUGCCAUAAAUGUGUAUGUAUGUUUCUUAGGAGCUCCACGAUUCGGUUGUUCUGGUUGUCGACAAUAUAUUCGGUUAUUCAUGUGGUACAGAAGGCUGGGCUUUACAUGCUGUUAACGAAGCUGAUGAGCCACAUUUGUUUGGUUCUAUUCGAGAGUUCCUCUCGCCCAACGGGAGAUUUUUGGAAGUUUUGUCCAGUAGAUUAACCCUUGAAUUCCCAUCAAUCUAUCAUGAUUUCCCACUUUGGCUUUUAUCAACAGAUUCCCAAAACUCUGUUUGGUCAGGUGGUUGCAAACAACCACGAACUCAGUUGUCGUUAAAUGCAUUUACCUACUAUAUGUUCGCUUUCAUGUGUUAUGCAUCGUACCCUAAAUGGAAACAGGAACUUGCGUUAUGCGAUUUCGAAAACAGUUUAUACCGUACCUUAUUUGAUGAUUACUUAGGCUUUUACUUAUAUACUGACCCAACCACAGUAAAUGUAAUGGCUUCUAAAUUUCACAUUUUAAGAGCUGGUUUGCAGACACCUGGAUACCAGAAGAAUUUUUCCAAUGAAUUUGUUGGGGAGUAUAUGAAUGGAUCUACGGAUACUUGCUUUCCCGACUUCCGCUUAUUUUGGCAAACAGAGGCAGUAUUACAAGCCGUUUGCGAAUUUCUUCUAUCAUGGAGAGCAACUGAUUAUUUUAAUGGCAUUUCCGAUCUACCUAAAAACACAUCUAUGAUUCCAUCACCUCCCCCAUUAAGUCAUGCUGAGUUCUCAACUAAACCAACUGUAUGUCAACUAUUUCUGGUGAGGUCUUUCCUAAAAUAUUUCUACUUUGCAUUGUUCAAUAAUACAAAUUCAAACUGUUUCCAAAUAUUGCAGCAACAGAUAAUAUGGAACAAAUUUCUCAGUUAUCGAAAAUAUUUAUACAAUAAUCAAGGCGUGGUAGUGUCACCAGAAUCAUCCAUACCGCAUCACAAUAUUAUGAAUCGAUUUUCACGGUUUAUUGUUUACUGUUUUCAACAUUGGCCUUUUGAUCUAAGUUUUGAAGUCGUGCUUGAGACGUGGCUCUCUAGUAUUCAACCUUGGCGUUACUCAGGAUUUGCGCAGCUACAUACUGAUACUCGCUUUUCAUCUAUACCAUGGGAUGCACCCUUAAAUUUAAAAAUUGAUAAUGAGAAUUAUUCUGAUUGGUUGACAUUUGUUGCCCGUCAUUACAGCCUUUAUGUUGGUUUACUCUUAUUAUUUAUGGAAAGAGUUACUAAAAUUGAUUUACAUGUGUGUCGAAAUGCUCAUAUGGUUUAUCGUGUGACAAAAGUGUUUUCUCAGGAUGGAUUUAAAAUGCUAUUACUGAAUACUGAAAAAAUUUUGUCCGAACAACAACAUCAACAAGACGGUAGUUUAUCCAAUGUGAUAGUAUCUGAAUAUCAAGGGGAACAAAGUGGCCUCUGGAAUCCUGUAAUAAUUAGUACAGUUGAAAGGGUUUUAAAUUGUAUGAUGAUUACAAAAGUAAAUUUGCAAUCUGAAGUAAUAAAAAAGAUGGACAAAUUUUCAUCAGAUUCCGACGGAUGGUUUGAUAAAUUUACUAAAUGGUUGUGUAGUUUCCUGAUAUUUGAUAUGGAUAACUCUGACGAAAGUGUCAACAAAUGUAUAUUCUAUUUAACAGAAGGAAUACAUUCAUUACGAGAAUUCUUUGCUAUUCAAGAAACUUUCGAAGCUGUACAUGAUAUAUCCUUGAAACCACCACAGAAUGGUCGUAUACAGUGGGAUGAUUUAUCAGCUAGUCCGAUAAUUACACGACCUCACCUAAAAUCUCCACCAACCUCGUCGAAAUCUCCCAUUGUUGAACACCCUUAUAUAGAUAAUUUAUCUCCAAGUGAUUUUUCUUAUUCAUCUUGGAAUAUAGACGCAUGUUCGAUGCCAAAAACAUCCGUAAAUAGUCAGGAUUCAUCAAGAUAUUAUACAAAGCUCACACCAUUGGAUCGUUUCCAGAUUAUAAUGGGUGUAAAACGUCCAUAUGUUUGUCAACAAUUAAUAAAUCGUGAAUAUGCAUCGACCAUGAAUGCAUCAUAUGAAAAUCGUUACAUACUUACAGUAUGCAAAUAUUUAGAGAAUAAGUUUACUGAAAUGAUGAAACAACACUUUAUUCGCUGGUGUUCAUUGUCAGGUAUUCGAGGAAGAUUUGCACGUCAAUUAUUACUUCCAUCAUCAUAUCCCAAACAACAUGAAUCGCAGAGUUUUUUAAUAACGAAUAAUCCUCGAUUGUCUUUUCGUUUUUUGGCAAAUUAUUAUGUUUUAUUACGAAUUUUUUUCUUGUAUAUAUUUAGCUAUUUUUUAUUCGGUAUAAGUUCACCAUUAUUGUAUAUAGUGUGUUUAAUUGUUUUAUAUUUGUUUUAUGAAUUUGUUAUAAUCUUGUUUGAGUUAUGUCAUGAGAAAGUGAAACGCAUUUAAAAGAUAUUGGUUUCUAUUGUUCUUCUUUUCUAUAUAUAUAUAUAUAUAUAUAUAUAUAUAUAUAUAUAUAUAUAUAUGAUGUUUGUUCCGUUCUCUUGUACUCCCACUGUGUAUAUGAAUGUACAUUAUACUUACUCGACAACUGAAUUUUAAAACAACUUAGUUCCGACUAU